AGCAGCCUCUUAGACCAAACCAUCACCCACAGCUUCACCGCCCUCCAGGCCCAACCCUAAAUCAAAUCCCUCCCCCCCUCUCGGGCUUGCCUGAAAUUGGAAGAGGGAACGGCCGAGAAGGCAGAAGCCGCAGAACAAUGGAGGAGGCUUGUCCCUCUCCGUCUUCAUCGGCAGUUUCAGAAGCUCUUAUACAAACCCUAAUUACCAGAGGAUGGUGCUUUGGAGACAUCGAACAAGUCAAAGGCGUAAUCAUGAUUCAGUCCGCUUUAAUUGGCGAUUCCUGCACCGCUGAUUUGGUUGAAUCGGAGCUCGCUAACAUGGACUUACGAUCUUUCGGUGGCAAGUCGUUACCCGCUUCUUCUGUCCUCCGCAAUUCUUCUCAUCUUGCCGGCCCUAAAGUCCUGCAGAUAUCCUCGGCGAGGGACAUAUCUCGAAGCAGCAUAGCUGAAAUUUCAGAAAAUUCACAUACUAGGCGUCUGUUAAGAUUGAUACUCACAGAUGGGCACUCUGAAGUAACUGCUAUAGAGUACUCUCAUAUACCAUCAAUUGCGAAUGAUGUCAUUACUGGCACAAAGGUUCGUAUAGGAAAAAGGGCUGCAGUACAUUCUGGUGUUUUGUGCCUGAAUCCUGAAGUGAUAACUGUAAUCGGGGGUGUUGUUGAACCACUUUAUGAAGAAUGGAAGAUGAACCAAAAAUAUUCGGGUUUAUCCCUCUCGUCCUUAAGGAUAUCAAAGGAAAGUAACACUGAUGGUCCCCCACCUUUUGAAAAGCUGCAAAUCAGGGAACUUUCACGUGCAAGGCCUCCAGGCAAAUUUUCAUAUUAUGCUGGAUCAAGUUCCAAAAACUCAAGGCCUACUGUUUUGGGGAAAGAUGGAAGUCUUGAACCUAGUCUGAUUGGCAGACACGAUAGCUUUGAUUCGAAGACAGAUGGCAUGGACAAUAAUGGAAAAUCAGCUUUUGGUGAUGAAAGAACCAAAGAGAAGCCAAGUGGAUCUGAAGCAAGACCAAAGGAAGUGGUUGAAUAUGUCCCCCUUCAAAAUCAAGCAGCUUCUCAGAAACUCCUCCUGAAAAUGAGUCAGCCAAACCAGGAGGAUCGUCAUUUCAGAGUUCGAAAACAUAGGGGGAAGGGUAAACAGGAAGAUACACCAGUUCUCACGUUAGAAGAAUGGGAAAGGAGAAAAGCUGGGGCACAUCCUCUGAAGAGUGAUGGCUUCCCCAAUGUUAGCCAAGAUGAAGAUCUUGCUCAGCAGCUUCAAUAUCAAUUUCAUUUGGAAGACCUUCAU